AUGGUCCACAUGGCCAUCAAGAUAGAGACUCAACUCAAGCGGAGGGGCAACAACAGCAGCAACCAGCGCCAGACUCAGGGCAAGUGGAUGUCGUCGCAACCCGUUGCCAGCGGUUCUUCGUCCAGAGGGAUCCCCUGGCAGAAGGAAGCCCCGCCGCGCGAGGAGAAAAAGCAAUUUGUUCGGUCCCGACCAGAGGGCUCCGGUGCAGCGAAUCAGGGUAGUCCGACCGUUGUCGAUGGUCGAAAUCGCGAUAAGAAGUGUUUUAAGUGCCAAGGGUUCGGGCAUAUUAUGAGUGACUGUCCGAACAGGAGACUCAUGAUAAUGCGCGAUGACGGCGAAGUUGUGACGGAUGGGGAUGACACCGACCCUGAUAUGCCGAAAUUGGAGGAUGUCGAUGAUACCGCUGAUGAGGAGGAAUGUGAGGAGAUUUUUGCGCCCAAUGGACAACUUUUUGUAGCUCGGCGAGCCUUGAGUGUCCAAACUCUACCCCCGGAACUGCAAUUGCAACGGGAGGCGGACAACCUAAAGUCCAAGGAGCAGCCUGUGGAGAAGAAGGAGCAGGGGCUGAACCAUAAGUCCUUUCUUGCUACGGCUAGUGAUUUGAAGUGGUGUGUUCAGGAGGAGAAGCCGAUCUUGCUGUUGCGUUAUCAGGAGACUUUGCUUAUGUCUAACGAUCUCUUUUCUCUACCCCCUUCUAUUCGUGGUGUGUUGCAGGAGUUUGUUGAUAUUUUCCCCGACGAUACACCUACCGGUUUACCACCACUUCGCGGGAUUGAGCAUCAGAUUGACUUUGUGCCCGGUGCUACUUUGCCAAACAGACCAGCCUACCGCACCAACCCGGAGGAGACGAAGGAGUUGGAGAGGCAGAUUGGUGAGUUGUUGGCCAAAGGGCAUGUGAGGGAAAGCCUGAGCCCUUGUGCGAACAUUAAGUCGUGGGAAGAGUGUCUUCCUCAUGUGGAAUUCGCUUAUAACCGUGCUGUUCAUUCUGCCACUAAGUUUUCUCCAUUUGAAAUCGCGUAUGGAUUUAACCCUUUGACACAUUUGGAUUUGACUCCGUUACCCGAGAUUGAGCAGGUUAACAUGGAUGGCCAGAACAGAGCAGACUUCGUGAAGAAGAUCCAUGAACGUGCCAGAGCCAACAUUGAGCGCCGCACGCGGCAGUAUGCUGAGCAAGCUAAUCGGGGUCGUCGCAAAGUAGUAUUUGAACCCGGUGAUUGGGUUUGGCUGCACAUGCGCAAGGAAAGAUUUCCAGAGCAGAGGCGCUCCAAGUUACUCCCUCGGGGCGAUGGUCCAUUCCAAGUAUUGGAACGGAUCAAUGAUAAUGCCUACAAACUAGAUUUACCCGGUGAGUAUAAUGUGAGCGCUACAUUCAAUGUUACUGACUUAAGUCCCUUUGAUGUAGGCGACGCUGUGGAUUUGAGGACAAAUCCUUUUCAAGAGAGGGGGAAUGAUGCAGUUCAGAGUAGAGGUCAGGAUGCGGAGCAAAGCCGAAUUUCAGAGGCUGCACAGAGUGAAGAUCCGGUGCACGUGCCCGUUGGUCCAGUGACGAGAGCUAGGGCCAGGACGUUCAAGGCCAAUUUAAUGACAUUGGUGGAGGAAAUCUGGAGGCAGGAGCUGAAAAGGCCAAUUGGAGAAGGACCGACGGAUCAGAGUUCAAAGGUGGUAAACCUUAUUGCUUACCGAGUUGAACCACCAGAGAAGUCUCGAUUCCUCUGGCCUUGCCAGAGCAGCGGAAUCGUUACCCCCGGGAAGAAGCGACUGGGCAGAGAACUCACGUUGACUGAACAGGGUAUAGACUUGAGUGACAGCCCUGUUAUGGAUCCUCAGUUCAAACUAGUGAUGGAGGCUCUUCGCUCCGAGUUUGGCAGGAUGCUACAUUCCGAACUCGAGGGCGUGUAUGACAAGAUCGACUUGCUGGAACAGUCUCAUUCGCGUGCACCCACUUUCACACGAGGAGGCAGACGCGGGCGAGGAGGCCGUGGUGGUGGAGGCGGCCGAUUCCACCGUCAGUAUGAGGAGCAUGAGCUCAAGAAGGUGAAGUUGGCAGCGGUUGAGUUCUCAGAUUAUGUACUUGUUUGGUGGGAUCAACUGGUAACGAGUAGGAGAAGAAACAAUGAGCCAUCUAUUCAAUCUUGGCAGGAGAUGAAGGCUGUGAUGCGGAAACGUUUUGUGCCAACUCAUUACUACCGUGAGCUUUUUAACAAGUUGCAGACCUUGAGGCAGGGCAGUCGGAGUGUGGAUGAGUAUUAUAAGGAGAUGGAGGUUGCCAUGAUUAGAGCCAAUGUGGAGGAAGAGCGAGAGGCGACCAUGGCCAGAUUCUUGGCUGGGCUGCAUUGGGAUAUUCGUGAUAAGGUGGAGUUGCAGCACUACGUUGAGUUGGAGGACAUGGUCCACAUGGCCAUCAAGAUAGAGACUCAACUCAAGCUGAGGGGCAACAACAGCAGCAACCAGCGCCAGACUCAGGGCAAGUGGAGGUCGUCGCAAUCCGUUGCCAGCGGUUCUUCGUCCAGAGGGAUCCCCUGGCAGAAGGAAGCCCCGCCGCGCGAGGAGAAAAAGCAAUUUGUUCGGUCCCGACCAGAGGGCUCCGGUGCAGCGAAUCAGGGUAGUCCGACCGUUGUCGAUGGUCGAAAUCGCGAUAAGAAGUGUUUUAAGUGCCAAGGGUUCGGGCAUAUUAUGAGUGACUGUCCGAACAGGAGACUCAUGAUAAUGCGCGAUGACGGCGAAGUUGUGACGGAUGGGGAUGACACCGACCCUGAUAUGCCGAAAUUGGAGGAUGUCGAUGAUACCGCUGAUGAGGAGGAAUGUGAGGAGAUUUUUGCGCCCAAUGGACAACUUUUUGUAGCUCGGCGAGCCUUGAGUGUCCAAACUCCACCCCCGGAACGUGAGCAGAGGGAGAAUCUUUUCCACACGAGAUGUCUUGUUCAAGACAAGGUAUGUAGUGUGAUCAUCGAUGGCGGGAGUUGCACGAAUGUGGCUAGUAGAGCCCUGGUUGAGAGAUUGGGGCUAACCUCGGAGAAGCAUCCCAAGCCGUAUCGUUUGCAGUGGCUAAAUGAGACUGGCAUUAUCAGAGUGACCAAGCAAGUGAAGGUCCCUUUUCGCAUUGGGACGUAUGAGGAUGCGGUGGUGUGUGAUGUGAUCCCUAUACAAGCGAGCCACAUCCUGUUGGGGCGCCCGUGGCAAUUUGAUCGCCGUGAGUUUGUUGAUGUUUUCCCCGAUGAUACACCUACCGGUUUACCACCACUUCGCGGGAUUGAGCAUCAGAUUGACUUUGUGCCCGGUGCUACUUUGCCAAACAGACCAGCCUACCGCACCAACCCGGAGGAGACGAAGGAGUUGGAGAGGCAGAUUGGUGAGUUGUUGGCCAAAGGGCAUGUGAGGGAAAGCCUGAGCCCUUGUGCGGUACCAGUUCUCCUUGUACCAAAGAAGGACUCGUCGUGGAGGUUUGUUGUUAGUGCACAAGGUGUACAGGUUGAUGAGGAGAAGAUCCGAGCAAUCCAAGAGUGGCCAACACCGAGGAACAUUGCAGCAGUUCGAAGCUUUCAUGGUCUUGCUAGCUUCUAUAGGCGAUUCGUGCCUCACUUCAGCAGUAUUGCCGCACCUCUGACAGAAGUCAUCAAGAAGAAUGUGGAAUUUAAAUGGGACAAAGCGCAAGAGGAUGCAUUUCAGCAGUUAAAAUACAAAUUGACCCAUGCCCCGGUAUUAUCUCUUCCAAAUUUCUCCAAAUCUUUUGAGAUUGAAUGUGAUGCUUCUGGUGUUGGUAUUGGUGCAGUGUUGAUGCAAGAGAGACGACCCAUUGCGUAUUUCAGCGAGAAGUUAAAUGGGGCAACGUUGAGUUAUCCAACGUAUGAUAAGGAGUUGUAUGCAUUGGUGAGAGCUUUGCAAACAUGGCAGCACUACUUGUGGCCCAACGAGUUUGUCAUUCACACGGACCAUGAGUCGUUGAAACACUUGAAAGGCCAACACAAGUUGAACAAGCGACAUGCGAGGUGGAUGGAGUUCAUUGAGACGUUUCCCUACGUCAUCAAAUACAAGCAAGGUAAGGAGAAUGUUGUGGCUGAUGCACUUUCUCGAAGGCAUGAUGAUUUUCUUUUUAGGAGGAAUAAGUUAUGCGUGCCGCAAUGUUCUUUAGGAGAAUUGUUAUUGCUUGAGUCUCAUGGUGGGGGUUUGAUGGGACACUUUGGCAUUGCUAAGACUUUGGCUGUUCUGCAUGAACAUUUCUUUUGGCCUCAUAUGAAACGUGAUGUUGAGAGAAUUUGUGGUCGAUGUGUUACAUGUAAACAAGCUAAGUCUAGGGUGAGUUCCCAUGGUUUGUAUACACCAUUGCCUAUUCCUCACGCACCUUGGAUUGAUAUUUCUAUGGAUUUUGUAUUAGGUUUGCCUAGGACUAAGCGUGGUCGUGACUCCAUCUUUGUAGUUGUUGACAGAUUUUCUAAGAUGGCAUAUUUUAUUCCUUGUCAUAAAUCUGAUGAUGCAUCUCAUGUGGCUGAUCUUUUCUUUAGAGAGAUUGUUAGAUUACAUGGCAUGCCUAGAACUAUUGUUUCCGAUCGGGAUUCGAAGUUUUUGAGCUAUUUUUGGAAGACUUUGUGGUGCAAGUUGGGUACUAAACUUUUGUUUUCUACUACUUGUCAUCCACAAACUGAUGGUCAAACAGAAGUAGUGAAUAGGACUUUGUCUACCUUACUUCGAGCUAUUAUUCAAAAGAACAUUAAGUCGUGGGAAGAGUGUCUUCCUCAUGUGGAAUUCGCUUAUAACCGUGCUGUUCAUUCUGCCACUAAGUUUUCUCCAUUUGAAAUCGCGUAUGGAUUUAACCCUUUGACACCUUUGGAUUUGACUCCGUUACCCGAGAUUGAGUUAUUUGAACCCGGUGAUUGGGUUUGGCUGCACAUGCGCAAGGAAAGAUUUCCAGAGCAGAGGCGCUCCAAGUUACUCCCUCGGGGCGAUGGUCCAUUCCAAGUAUUGGAACGGAUCAAUGAUAAUGCCUACAAACUAGAUUUACCCGGUGAGUAUAAUGUGAGCGCUACAUUCAAUGUUACUGACUUAAGUCCCUUUGAUGUAGGCGACGCUGUGGAUUUGAGGACAAAUCAUUUUCAAGAGAGGGGGAAUGAUGCAGUUCAGAGUAGAGGUCAGGAUGCGGAGCAAAGCCGAAUUUCAGAGGCUGCACAGAGUGAAGAUCCGGUGCACGUGCCCGUUGGUCCAGUGACGAGAGCUAGGGCCAGGACGUUCAAGGCCAAUUUAAUGACAUUGGUGGAGGAAAUCUGGAGGCAGGAGCUGAAAAGGCCAAUUGGAGAAGGACCGACGGAUCAGAGUUCAAAGGUGGUAAACCUUAUUGCUUACCGAGUUGAACCACCAGAGAAGUCUCGAUUCCUCUGGCUUUGCCAGAACAGCGAAAUCAUGCCGCCCAGAGAAGACUCGAUCCCUCUGGCCUUGCCAGAGCAGCGGAAUCGUUACCCCCCGGGAAGAAGCGACUGGGCAGAGAACUCACGUUGA